GGGAGAGGCUGGGGAAAGUUUUCCCUGCUCCCUCUUUCUUGAGCUGCAGGGUCUCGCUCCUAGCUGAAGUCUGUCGCAGCUCUCGGCAUUGUUUUGCUGGGAGACUCCCCUUCUCCCGACCCUCCCCAUUUUCAUUUGGCCCUUUCCAAGAUCAAAGCAUAUCAUCUUCGCCUCUGGAGGAGAGGAUAUUUUUCACUGUUUUCUUUUCCUCCAUAACACGGACUCCACAAAGGGCUAUUCACUUAGUAGGGACCUUUAUCCAGGAGUGCGGUGAACUGAUUGAAAUGACAUUUCUCUUGUCCUGCCUCGGAUAAACUACCUGCUUUAUAUAAUUUAAGAUAACCAUCGAGGCACGCUCUGUUCUGCUUUCGAGAAGGCCUAAGUCUGAAGGUGGAGGAAGGAUUAAACACAUUCCUGAGGAAAGCGAGCAGUCUAUUUAACCAAGCAGAGAUGCCAGCUUAUCUAUAGGACUUGCUUGAAGCCAGAGUCAUGGUAGAUGUAGGAAAGUGGCCGAUCUUCACUUUGCUCUCACCUCAAGAAAUUGCAUCCAUUCGGAAAGCAUGUGUCUUUGGCAACUCAGCCAAUGAAGCACUGUAUGUUACUGACAAUGACGAGGUCUUUGUGUUUGGAAUGAACUAUAGUAACUGUCUAGGAACUGGAGAUAGCCAGAGCACACUCGUACCCAAGAAGUUAGAAGCCUUAUGUGGAAAGAAGAUUAAAAGCCUUAGUUAUGGGAGUGGACCACAUGUUCUUCUCAGCACUGAAGAUGGAGUUGUUUACGCCUGGGGCCACAAUGGAUAUAGCCAGCUUGGGAAUGGGACAACCAACCAAGGCAUUGCUCCCAUCCAAGUCUGUACUAAUCUCUUGAUCAAGCAAGUGGUUGAAGUAGCUUGUGGCUCACAUCAUUCAAUGGCUCUGGCAGCAGAUGGAGAGGUAUUUGCUUGGGGCUAUAACAACUGUGGCCAGGUGGGAUCAGGAUCAACAGCAAAUCAACCAACUCCUCGCAAAGUUACAAACUGUUUACAUAUUAAGAAGGUUGUAGGAAUCGCCUGUGGUCAGACCUCGUCCAUGGCUGUUCUGGACAAUGGUGAGGUGUAUGGCUGGGGUUACAAUGGCAAUGGUCAGCUGGGCUUGGGAAACAAUGGCAAUCAGCUGACCCCUGUGAGAGUGGCAGCUUUGCACAGCGUGUGCGUGAACCAGAUUGUCUGCGGCUAUGCACACACUCUCGCACUAACAGAUGAGGGCUUGCUCUAUGCCUGGGGAGCUAACACGUAUGGGCAGCUGGGAACUGGCAAUAAAAAUAACCUGCUAAACCCAGUACACAUCAUGGUGGAGAAAGAAAGGGUAGUAGAGAUUGCGGCCUGCCACUCUGCCCACACAUCUGCCGCCAAGACCCAGGGCGGGCACGUGUACAUGUGGGGCCAGUGCCGGGGCCAGUCGGUGAUCCUGCCUCACCUCACCAGCUUCUCCUGCACGGACGACGUGUUCGCCUGCUUUGCCACGCCCGCCGUCUCGUGGCGCCUCCUCUCUGUGGAGCAUGAAGACUUUUUAACAGUUUCAGAGUCACUGAAGAAAGAAUUUGACAGUCCAGAAACAGCCGACCUAAAGUUUCGAAUUGAUGGGAAAUAUAUCCAUGUCCAUAAAGCUGUUUUGAAAAUCAGGUGUGAGCACUUUCGAUCCAUGUUUCAGUCUUAUUGGAAUGAGGACAUGAAAGAAGUGAUAGAAAUAGACCAGUUUUCUUACCCAGUGUAUCGUGCCUUUCUCCAGUACCUCUACACAGACGCAGUUGACCUGCCACCUGAAGAUGCUAUAGGUCUUUUGGAUUUGGCAACAUCUUACUGUGAAAACAGAUUGAAAAAACUUUGUCAGCACAUUAUCAAGCGAGGAAUCACUGUGGAGAAUGCCUUUUCAUUAUUCUCUGCUGCGGUCAGAUAUGAUGCAGAGGAUUUAGAAGAAUUCUGCUUUAAGUUUUGCAUCAAUCAUUUGACAGAAGUUACACAGACUGCAGCGUUUUGGCAAAUGGAUGGCCCCCUGCUAAAGGAAUUCAUUGCUAAAGCCAGUAAAUGUGGAGCCUUUAAGAACUGAAGCCAAGGCUGCUGGGUUUUGUGUGAGUGCCCUGGGGCACUGGCGAUGGUGAUGCUGUGCCCUUUGUGCUCUACGGGUGAUAUAAUUCUGCAGGUAAAAACCCAUCAGGUUGUGCUUUUCAUAUCUGAGACACAGUUCUCUGUGUAGGAAUAUAUGAAGGAUGUGCGGCCUUUCCUGAACCUAUUUUAAACAACUUUUGUUUCUAGAUAAGUAUAUUUUAAAUGUGACUGUAGGUUUGGCUGGAGCAUUGUAAAAGAGUGAAAGUUUAGGUGUAUUUUUUUGGGGGGGGGCAGUUUGGUUUUUGAUUAGAGGAAUUUCUGAACUUGGAAAGGGGAAGUUUUUGGCAACUCCCCUUGCUCACAUAUCAACAAUGCUUUUGACACUAGGAGUUGGGGUAGUUUGUGAAUUGUGAGACAGACAUAGAGGCCCCACCAUGAGUUAGAGAUGCUGACUUUGGGGCUUGUUGAAGUGCUGCAUUAGUUGCUAGCUCACUGCCUUGCUGUGAAGGAACAGUUGAGAUUGAGGCUUUUGUUUGGGUGUUUGCACUAUCGAUGGACUUUUUAACUUCAUGAUAUAUAAAAAUAUAUUCAGUUUAAUAUGAGUUAAUCUAUUGAAAUGAUAAUUAUGUAAAGAUAAAUUUCUAGGUUAGCCAAAAUUUCUCUUAAGACUAAAGCACAUAAAGAGUACUAAUUUAGAAUGGUUUGUGAAAAGUUGUUAAUGAAAGAAACUUUGUUUGGACAAAGGUGAAUAUUUUAUUAAUUAGAAUCCCCAAUACUAUAUAAAGGCUUUUCAUUUUCUUAAGGUAAAAUCUGAGAACUUAAGUUUAAAUCCCCCCACACAUACCUUUUCCCCUGUAAAUACUAAUUGUAAGAGGAAAAUAAUGACAUAUUCAACGUACUCUUGCCUCCCUAAAUUAUGGCUGCUGCAUCAUCAGAUCUGCUACAUCUGACUCAGAGAAGUGGUUCUUAAAACCAACUCUCUUAUAGGGCUUAAUGGAAUUCACUUUAUCUCUUUUAUCUAGGCCAAAUCCAGCACAAGUUUGCUUAUUUGAAACCACCAGCUUUCAGUUUGAUUUCCUUCUCCUUUUAAUUGUGGUAUUUAGCACAAUUUAACUUUAGAAAAGGAUCAGAAUUAUGAUCUUCUUUAUUGAUUUUUGGAUCUGCUUAUGAAGUGUGAUCUGGAAGGUAAGAAUGUUCGGCUCUGAGUUUUGUCAUGUGUGUCCGUCGAGCUUGCUUUAAGAACAAAGCUUUGUUCUGCUCUCUGGCCCAUGGACUCAUUUCCAUUUGUGGGAGCUCUGUUAGUGAACUACUGUUUCCUGCUUGGAAGUUCCUCCUAUCUGAACUUGGAACCUAAAUAGACUUUUAGAGCCAAAUUAAGAGGGUGAAGAGAUGCGGCAGCUAUUUUUUUAGCAAUGUUUUUAAGUGUGUGUGGUGUUGGGAGAACGAGAUCCAUUGAUAGGUGAAAUAUAUACAAACCUAGAAGUGCCGGCCCCUUUUCUUGACCAUGUUGCAAGCGAUUGAAGCCCAGUGAAUUAUUAGAAUAGAAUUAAUUAUGCAACAUAAAAUUUUUCUUGCUAGAUGAUAAAUGCCCAUUAAUUUGAUUAUUAGUUAUGAUGAGUAGUAUUUCCAACAAUCACUGUUCUGUAGGCUUAUGAUCCAGACAAAAUAAGAACUUCAGUAUGUUUACUGUCACUCUUACUUGAAAAAAAAAAUGAACUUAAAAGUAAAGCACAAAUUAAAAUAAUAGGUCCUAAUAUAGGUGAAGAACCACUUCUCAUAUUACUGGGUAAUUGUAUGAGUAUGUAUGUAGUAAAGAAAACGGGAAUGAAUUCCUCAAAGAGUAGUCGAGUAUCGUUUUUUUAAAUACUUAUUUUUCUACUUGGUUUUGUUGUUAAUCACAGAGAUGAAAACUUCUUUGAAUUGCUUUUUUCAUCUGAUGUAAUAAUGAAAGCCAAAGUAUUCAUAUUCUUUAAAAUAGCCCUAAAUGUACUCUUGAACUUCUUACUGAGACAAUGUUUGAUACUCCAGUAUAUAGGUUGUACUUACGUAAUGCUUAGAGUGACUUGUUAAUAAAGUAAUGUGUUUAAACUGGCA